GUGGGGUUUUGAAAAGAAAGGAAAUAAAGUGUUCCUCUUCUUUAUUCCACAUCAAUCAGAAGACAGCAGCAAGAUGAAAUAAGUAUUCGUGCUUUCUGACAAGACGUUGCUAGCUGCGGCUACUUCGAUGAAGCUAACUGACUUUUCCGAACUUUGCGGUAUUUAGACGUCUUUUUUGGCGGGGCCUUGAUCCCACCAAUGUAACCGAGGGUUUAUCUAUGUCGCCAACACUGUAUAAAACUACAAAAUAACAAAGACGGAGGCUCCAGAUUUACACGAGAACCACUUUAUUUCCUCUCUUUUCAAAUCUCCGCUCUACCGCAACGCGUCACCACUUCCGCUCUUAGCGCCUUCAAAAUAAGAGCUCCAGACAUACACAGUAUAACAGGAAUUGAACACCACAAAGAGGCAAGUCCAUAAAAAAGGUGACAUGUAUAUUAGUCCAGAGCCGCAGGUUACCUCGCACACAGUCUGGACACCAGCUCGUCCCCUCCGCGUCUUUAUCGCCACAGAAGUAGGCAAACAAGUCUUUGCCUUUCCUCUCCGACACCGCCUGGCAGAACUCGGCGUAGCCACGCACGUGUAUUUCUUCAUAACGCGCCAUGUUUCACCUCGGCGGCGACCAGACAAGCAGCGAGUGGUUAGAAGUGUUGGAAUAAAAGAAGGAAGAAUGUUCUCGAGGUGGAAGUUGUGCGCUCCUGCUUCCCUGCGGCGGCAUGUGACAUAACCACUUCCGGUUGGCGACGACACGUAUAAAACGAAUUAUUUUUACCACCGAUAUUUUUUAUGACAUUUAAUUUAUAAUGCACAAUGCCAAAAUAUGCUUCUUUGUAAUAAUAAUGAUUUAAUUAAAAUUACAGGUAGCGCAAAGGCGAAGUUGUUAAGAGUUGAACUGUUUCGCUUUCCGUACAUGUUGUCAUAGCGGCGACGGUUUAAAUUUACCAGUAGUUUGGACAACAUUGUUCAUAAACACUGUUUAUACACGUCGCCUUUACAAAUAUUUACAUACCACAUAUUGUAUAUGCAAUGUAUUUGUAAUACAUUGCAUAUUGAUUGCGUAAUGAAGACACUCUUCAAUACAAAGGCUACUACGUUAGCGCUUCCGUAGUUAGCGGCUAAUUUGCUGAUGUUCGCUGUAAUGAGUGCAUGAUGUUUAAAAGUGGCAGCAUGAUUUCUCUUAGACCACCAACUAACAGUUCAGAGUGGAUUGUUAGACCUUCACCCAUUCGUGAAGGCGGCUUCUUAUCUGCUGGGGCGUCCCAAACUAAGCUGUUGUUCAAUGAAGCUGUUCCCACAUGCCUCAGCAACCGCGCCACAGUGGUCGGUCCACCGGGCCCCAUCGUGAUCGAGAAGCUGCUUCCCUUCUCAGGAGCGCUGGAGAAGGCGGACAGCAUCAAGAGCUUGCUCAGCUUCAGCAGUCUGUCUGAGGAGAAGCUCCAAGCGGCUGUAUAUCUGGCCAAGAGAGACCUGAGACGACAACGAUUCAAUGCCAUGUACAAAUCUCCUGUCAACAAUACCCAAGACGCUUCUAUAUUGAACAAAAGUGACGCGGCGUUGCACCAGGAGAUUAAAACAAGACCCGGAUCUAAACAUCCGGUCCACACCACCAAGAAGCGCCCUGUUGUUUUGUUACCCACAGCAAGACAUCCUGUCUCGAGGCCGAUGGGAGGCGCAAACCAACAUGUUGUCUUACGCAAGGAGAUCCGCAUGCUUCAAAAUGAGCUGGAAAAUCUAAAAAAGGACAGAGCCUGCCAUGUAAAGCCAAAGGAGAGAGUAAAAGUACUUGCAGCCAGACAGGGCACAUCUAGGAAGCCUUUCAUGGCCUUUGGUGGCCAGCCCUACACUGUCCAGGAGCAAAGAGAAGCUGCACGCCUGCAGAAUGUCUGCAAACAGGAGUUCUUGGCUCUGCACGCUGAGCUGAAACCCCCAGACAGCGCAUGCAUACAGAGUAGAGAAUCCAGGUUAAGUGGUGGCUGCACUUCAAAGCAAUGUGCAGAGGACACCAAUAGACCUCGCAUCGCCUGUAAGUUGGCCUGGACACAAGAUUCUGUCCUGAGGCCACCUGAGACUGUGGGCCAGCGGGGUCUCUUAAACCAAGAGAUGCACACGCUUGACAAAGAGCUGGAAACCAUGAUCCAGUUAGUGGGGAAACUGUCUGAGAGAGGGAAAGCAAAGGAGCAGUUGGAACCCGACGAACAAAAAAAGUUUGAGGUGCGCUGCCAGAAGCAAGCAGUGCGCUCAGCACGUAGCAUCUACACUCUUCAACAACAGAUUCGAGAGACACAGCAGUACAUGGAGAAGUUGCACAACCAGGACAUGUGGGAUGCUAAAAAGUCCACAGCAAUCCAACGGCUUACAAGUGCUCAUCGUGGGACUCUAAAGGUUUUGCGGGUUAUUGUUGUCCAGCUUUCAGAGCAGUGCAUGAGCCAGCUGCCGUCCCAUUGCAAAGAACUGAGCAGGCUUAUCUGCCAGCUCUCCUUGUGCACAGCCAAGAUACAAGUUGAGUCGGGCUCAGCAAUGCCCAAGACUGCUGUCGACAUCUUGCAGAAACUAGAGCUUUUGGAUUCUGCCAUAAGUAAACAGGAGAUGUUGCUGCAAAAAAAAAGGACGCAAAACCAAGCAGGUCCUUUACAGAAGAAGUCCAACAAUCAGAGUGUAUCACCUCCCAGAGCACCAAAGGGUCUCAGCAGAGCACGUGGACCUCCUAAUGCCACAAAUCCCACAAGACGUAGCCACGUUUGUUCUCAAAGGAUGACGGCACACAAGCAAAGAGGACUCCAGGGGCCGGCACAGCAGAAGGUGCAUACAUCUGAAAACGAGAGCAAAAAAGAGGGGGCGCUACAGCAUGAGAAGAACAAGUCUCCACAAAUGCUGGGCAAUCAAAAGCAGAAUGCACAUUUCAAGCAGCCCACCGUGUCUUCUCGGCUCCGGGUGAAUCAACCUCCACACAGGGAGCCGUCAGUGCCGUGGAUACCUGCAUCUUCUCACUCUCUUUCACCGCCACGCUCUCAUCAAAAGAUGUCACCCGAGCCCAAAUGUUUGUGGUCUCCCCCAAAGCCCUCAUCAUCAGUUCCUGUCGGGCAGAAAGAUGUCCUGGGGUCAGUAACAGUCAAAGAUGCUGACUUAAGCUUAGAAAAAAAAGAACAAGCCCAGAGUGAAGCAUUAAGAGGCGUUUGGCUGGAGAAGACAACAAUGCAGAGACUGAACGAGCUCAACCAGUUAAGUGAAGAGGAGGUUGAACGUAUUAGGAGACUGAGGACCGAGGUCAUGUCGCCGACACAGUGGGCUGAGAGAGCCGAGCAGCAGGCUCGAGAGAAGAUCCAGCCUCUUCUGGACGAAGCUAAGCAUCUUGGCGAGUCCAGGAGCAGGAGCAGCGUAUCUCUGAGGAACAAGCUGUCAGAGCCGGCUGCAAAGACGAUUGGAGAUAAUGCUGAGCAGCUGGGUGAAGUCUUACUGGAUGAGCUCUUAGAGGAUGCUGCACAGGCGGCGUGGACGCUCAAGAUAAGUGAGCAGUGGGACGGCGUCAGCAGGAGGGCUAUGCAAGCCCCCACCCUGGAGAGUAUGCUUCUUCGCAUGGAGGAGAUACAGAAGGACCAAGAGGAAGUAAGGAGACGCUUUACCUCUAUUGCCUAUUCGGAACCCGAUCAGUUGGAGCAGCAAGCAGGCUCUCAGGUCCAAGUUUCAGGCUCCAGGCCAAACACCCCACAGCCCAUUAGACUGACGAGGUUGGUGUUGAGGCAGCCUGAAGCAGCUGACAUUGUUCUGGAGAAACCCGUGGAGACCAGCAUCCUCUCUGAGAGCAGCCUGACAGAGGAGGCGCCCCAAGACCAGCAGCCGGCAAACAGAGUUGUGAUAUUUCCGGGUCCCAAGGAGCAGAGCGCCAGGACGGUCAUCAGCGUGCCAGGUAGCGUGCUGAGAAGCAUCAGACGGUAUCGGGACGAUUACGAUACCUACCUGUGUGAUGUGGCGCAUGACCCGGGCGGAGGACUCAACUCCUGGUCCAUUGCAGACAGACUUUUCUCUUCUCUCUGCACCUGCAACAAUCAUUGACAGUGCUUAUCAUUCCAACUACAUUGCUGGGGGUUUACUGAUGGUGUGGCCUGGGAAUAUACAGAGAGAAUGAUGUCCAUCUUCACAGUUUGCUCAGUGAGUGUGUGGCGGUCCUUCCUCUCCUCCUCUCUCCCGCGCUCACAUCUACAUGCUCAACACAAUUGUUCACUUGCUGCAAUGCAGAAGACUCUCUCUCAUCUCAGCGCCCACCAUGACGCCAGCUUCUCUCCUACUAAUGUCCAUCCAUUUCAUGUCUGUGUGUGUGUGUGUGUGUGUGUGUGUGUGUGUGUGUGUGUGUGUGUGUGUGUGUGUUUGUGUGUGUGUUGAAGGGUAAAUCCAGCAAUAAGUUGUUGUCAUUAGUCCUGCAGUGAUGACAAGAAAGUUUGAAGAGACAGGUGUGUGUGUGUGUGUGUGUGUGUGUGUGUGUGUGUGUGUGUGUGUGUGUGUGUGUGUGUGUGUGUGUGUGUGUGUGUGUGUGCGUUCACAUUGAAUGAGGGUGGAGAAACACACCGGCAUCAGUGCUUAAUAGAGAUGUAUUAUUGUUUUAUAUAUUGUUUUUUUAUAUAUAUAUAUAUGUGUGUGUGUGUGUGUGUGUGUGUGUGUGUGUGCGUGUGUGUGCGUGCAUGUCUGUUGGUAUUAUUGUUUUAUAUAUAUGUGUAUGGAUGUAGGUACUUGAGUGUGUAUAUGUAUAUAUGCAUGUGUGUGUAUUAUUGUUAUGUAUAUAUAUAUAUAUAUAUAUAUAUAUAUAUAUAUAUAUAUAUAUAUAUAUAUAUGUGUGUGUGUGUGUGUGUGUGUGUAUGGAUGGAUGUAUGUACGUGUGUGUUUGUGUGUGUAUAUGUAUAUAAGUAUAAAUAUAUAUUAAUAUGUACAUGUAUUUUGGGUCGGCACCUCAUGCUACUGCAGCCAGGCUGUGUGUUUGGGGCCCCUGGGUCCCACCUUCCAGAUGGCUGUCUUGGUUGGAGGCUGAAGGGUGUAGUCUCUGCAUCUAUGGUGGCCGCAGUGUGCACUGCAAAGUAUUGUGCAGUGCACUGCAAAGUAUUGUGCAGUGCACUGCAAAGUAUUGUGCAGUGCACUGCAAAGUAUUGUGCAGUGCACUGCAAAGUAUUGUGCAGUGCACUGCAAGUGGGCCAGCUGCUGGGUAGUGUCAGCCUUGUGUGUCAGCCUGUCUGUGAUCUUUUUUAUUUAGUUUUUAUUCCCUCAAGGGGAGGAUUGACCAGGGCAGUUGCUGGAUGUUCCAUUGGCAUGGUUGGGGUCCCGGCAGGUGGGGUGGGUGGUUCUUGUGGCCCGGUGCUGGGCGGGCGACUUGGGUGGGGCGGGCCCCGCCGUGCUCUUGGUUUGCUGGUGGGGUGGGGGCGGUCUUUCUGUCCGGCUGUAGGGAGUCUCUGGGCCCUUCGUGGGUGGGGCAUCCCGCCUUUCUGCCUGCGUGGGUGUGGUCUCUCACUUCUGCCUGCAUGGGUGUGGUCUCUCACCUCCAUGGAUCUGCUUUCUUUUCUAUUUCAACUUAUCAUGAUGUAUAUGUAUUGUUGCAUUUCUAUUGUUGAUAAUAGAGGUAUUUAUUGUUAUUAUCAUAAUAUUUUAUUAGAGCGUAUCAAAAUACGAAUUGGUAUGUCAGACUCAGCCCUGUCAUGGUUUAACUCUUAUCUUACUGAUAGGAUGCAGUGCGUCUCCUAUAACAGUGUGACCUCGGACUAUGUUAAGGUAACGUGUGGAGUUCCCCAGGGUUCGGUCCUUGGCCCUGCACUCUUCAGCAUCUACAUGCUGCCGCUAGGUGACGUCAUA